AUGACUCACAACAACACUGAACCUCUUACGAGAAAGAAAGAUACGAACCAGACGGAAGACAGCUCAAUUCAGGAUCUCAAAUCCCAGGAAUCAGACAAUGAAAUUCAACACCAGCCCGCUUCCGAGAAAGCAAAAUCUUACGAUAACACUGUUCCUGGAGAACGAACGCCGUCCACCGACGACAAUGACUUGGAAAAGUACCCCGAAGGAGGUCGUGAGGCUUGGCUGGUGGUUCUAGGAUCCUGGUGCGCCAUGACAGCAGGCAUGGGACUUCUCAAUACCAUUGGUACCUUGCACGCAUGGAUUUCUACUCAUCAGUUAUCGUCUUACUCUUCUUCUUCUGUGGGCUGGAUCUUUUCAACGUUCCCAUUCUUCCUGUACUUUGCAGGUGUCCAGAUCGGCCCGUUGUUUGAUGUCUAUGGAGCUAGGGUGCUGGUGAUAACAGGAAGUAUUGGACUGGUAGUGGCUCUAAUGACCCUCAGUGUCAGUACCGAGUACUACCAGAUCAUCCUAUCUUUCGGUGUUCUAGGCGGCUUGAGUACUUGUUGUCUUUUCACCACCGCUGUCUCUGCUAUCGGUCACUGGUUCCAUGCUCGAAGAGGCUUUGCAAUGGGGAUUGCAUGUACAGCUGGUGGAACAGGCGGUCUUGCCUUCUCACUCAUCAUCCUCUUUCUCGCACCUAAAAUUGGAUUCGGCUGGGCGAUACGGAUAAUCGGGUUCAUCAGUGCAGCACUCUGUGCAAUUGCUUGUCUACUUCUCCGCAGUCGCUUACCACCAAACAAGACAAAGGGCGCCAAAAUCGAUAUCCUCGCACUCAGGGACCCGCCUUAUACUGCCACGACUGCUGCCAUCUUCCUCGUCGAAUUUGCAGUGUUUAUCCCAUACACAUUCUUGGUCGAUCAAGCACUGGAUGCGGGAAUGAAGCAGGAGUUGGCGUAUGCUCUGAUCCCCAUCCUCAAUGCUGCUGCUAUACCUGGCCGUUUACUGCCCGGCUACAUCGCCGACCGCUACGGACGUCUCAACACCAUGACCGUCACUGCAGUAAUCUGCUGCCUUCUUACCUUCCUCCUCUGGUUGAUCGGCUCUUCUUCUCACGCAGCCAUCAUCGCAUACACCGUGCUGUUUGGUUUCUGGUCCGGUGCAGCGAUCUCCCUGACACCAGUAUGUAUCCAACAAGUUUGCAAGACUGAGGAUAUCGGCAAGAGGACAGGGACCACGUUCACGAUCAGCAGUUUUGGAACACUGAUCGGUAUUCCUAUUGCUGGUGCUAUCUUGGGAACAGGAGCAAGGCAGGAUUAUGAUGGGUUGAUUAUUCUUGCUGGAGCGUCAUAUGUUGCUGCAAGUGCGGCUUUUGUGGUUGCGAGAGGUUUGACUGGUGGAUGGGGUCUAAGGGUUAUCAUCUAG